UCCAUUUUCUUCUGUCUCUUCUCUCUUCAGUUUUAUUACAUCUCUCUCUGUCUAGAUAUCCGUGUUUGUCAUGAGUAACUACGAUACCAAUCCCUUCGCCGAAGAUGAGGUUAAUCCCUUCGCCGAGGGAUCUGCUAAUAAAAAAGCAUCAGGGCAAUCAAAUUAUGUUGGUGGUGUAUUCUAUAAUACAAAUUCAAGAAGUGCUUCUGCAAAGCUUUCACCCCUGUCUCCUGAGCCUUAUGAUCGUUCAGCAACUGUUGACAUUCCUCUCGAAUCCUCAGAGGAUCUCAAAGCUAAGGAGAAGGAACUCCAAGCCAGAGAGGCUGAGUUGAAAAGAAGAGAACAGGAGCUAAAACGAAAGGAAGAUGCUAUAGCACGAGCUGGAAUAGUUAUAGAGGAGAAUAAUUGGCCACCUAUUUUCCCCGUCAUUCAUCACGACAUUGCAAAAGAAAUACCAAUACAUCUUCAAACAAUCCAGUAUGUUGGAUUUACAACAUGGUUGGGUUUGAUGGCAUGUCUUCUAUGGAAUAUUGUAGCAGUUACUGUAGCUUGGAUCAAAGGAGAAGGUCUUUCACUCUGGUUUCUAGCUAUCAUAUACUUUAUUGCCGGUGUGCCAGCAUCGUAUGUCAUGUGGUAUCGACCUCUUUAUCGUGCUACAAGGACGGACAGUGCUCUAAAGUUUAGCUGGUUUUUCUUGACUUAUUCGGUGCAUAUUCUCUUUUGCGUUUUUGCUGCAAUUGCUCCUCCAAUUAUCUUCAAAGGAAAAUCUCUCACAGGUAUUCUACCUGCAUUUGAGGUAUUGGACGGCAAUACAGUGCUCGGGAUAUUGUAUUUCAUUGGGUUUGGAUUUUUCACCAUUGAAUCACUGCUGAGCAUUUGGCUUAUUCAGCAAGUAUACAUGUACUUCAGGGGCAGUGGCAAGGCUGCAGAAAUGAGGCGAGAGGCUGCAAAAGGAGCCAUGAGGGCAGCUCUAUGACAAAGCGGUGAAAUCUUAGCCAUGGACAUCCAAUAUAUUGAUUUGAUUGUACUUUUCGAGGCCUAGGAACCCAGUCAAACUGGAUGGUUAACAUAAACUCUACUUGUGAAUACAUUAGGCUACAUUAUUUGAGAUUUCAGA